UCGUCCGGCUCAAGGCCUUUCAACCACAUCCAUUCUCUGUGAUCUUUUAAUUUACCCACAAUGCAUGCUGCCUGUGUCUCAACCUGGGGUCAUCCUCCCAAAUACUCCAUCAUCGAUCUCCAACCACCAACAUCCUCACAAGUCCGCAUUAAAAUCAUCGCUGCAGGCUUUCACAACCUUGUCCGCUCUCGAGCAGCAGGAAAGCACUACUCCAACGCCCACAAAAAGCCUCCUCACAUUCCUGGGGUUGAUGGCGUAGGUACAGUCAUGGAGACUGGCGAGUUGGUUUACUUCAAUUGCCUGACUGCACCUACGGGGUCGUUUGCGGAAGAAAUCAAUGUCGAGAAGAAGAAUAUCGUACCGUUGGCAGCUGGCGCAGACCCGGAUAUCAUUGCUGUGCUAGCGAACCCCGCCAUGAGCUCGUGGAUGGCGCUCACUGCCCGCGCUGACGUCACCCCAGGCUUGAAAUUCAGUGUUGCGAUUGUUGGUGCGACGGGUGUAAGCGGGCAGGCUGCGGUGCAAAUCUCGAGGGUUAUGGGCGCGACAGAAAUUGUGGCUAUUGGGCGGCCAGGAGCGAAACUAGGGAUGGCGAAGGAGUUAGGUGCUACGGAGUUGAUUGCUUUGAGUGAGAAGCUAGAAGAGACGGAUUUUGUGGCUGCAGCGGACGUAGAUGUCGUGCUGGAUUAUCUUUGGGGGGAGACUGCGAAGGUAGCCUUGUCUGGUAUAAUCGCGACCAGAGGGAACAAGAGUCAGCGGCUUACUUGGGUCGAGAUUGGAGCUGUCACUGGGGAUGCGAGUCUAGUUAGUGCUUCGUUGUUGAGGCAGGCGAAUGUAGCGAUGGUUGGUUGUGGACCAGGAAGUUGGACGUUCCCGCAGUUGGGAAAGGAAUUGCCAAUGAUGUUGGAGGCGAUUGUGAAGAAUGGGUUAAAAGCAGAAUAUACAGAGAGGAGGCUUGUGGAUGUAGAGAGUUGGUGGAAUGAGAUAGGGGGGCCGAGGGUUUUGGUUAAGCCAUAAAAAAUCUGUAUCUGAAGGGGUGGACUAAGCAAAGCGCACCUGCAAGACCAAAGCAAAUAGAUUGGACUAACU